CAGGGAUGAUGGGCCCUGUUUGUUUCCUGCCGCUCCAGAGAGGCUUGCUGUGGGGUGUGGAAAAGGGGGGCACGAGGGCCCUUUGUGGGUUUUGUUUUUGGGGAGGAGUUACCGAUUGAGGAACAUGCCAUCGAGGCGCAUAGACGCCAAGCAAAAUGCUCUUCUUGUGGUGGUCUGCAUUGCUUCCUCUGCUCUGUCUGGUUGCAGAUUUUACAGGAUCCUCCGGGGAAGAAAAGGCAGAAGAAGUCAUUGGGGCUCUGGGGGAGUCGGUCACUUUCCAGAUGGAGAUCCCUGGACCAUUUACAACAAUUACCUGGCUGAAAAUUCAGAGAAAUGGUGUUCCAACAGCUGUUGCCGUUUUGAAGCCACAGGAAAACUGUGCAACCACCAUACUCCUCCCAAACUUGGAAGGGCGGCUGAACGUCUCCAGAGACUGCAAGGGGCUACAAGUCAAAAACCUGAACCAAGAUGACUCCGGAACAUACCAAGCCCAAAUACAACUAGAUGGUCAGGAAGAACCAUUACUUUUGUUCUUUGAUCUUCGUGUGUAUAAGCAUUUGUCGGAGUCCAACCUGAGCAUCCAUUGUAAAGGGAUUGGGAAUGGCACUUGGCGGCUGAACUGCUCUGCAGAGCCAUGGGAAGACGGCACAAAUUUUGUCAUGACCUCAAGCAGCCAGAGGGAAGUUCAUGGAAGAUCCUUUGACAUCCAGCAGGACUUAGAGGAGAGCAACCUGAACAUCACUUGCGCCGCCAAGAACCCUGUGAGCACAGCAUCCAGGACAGAGUCCUUGAAGGAAAUUUGUGCUGAGCAUCCAGCGCCAGGAUCCACAAAGGGACCGACUUCGCAAAACGACAACCAUUCACCACCGUCUUCAUUGGGAGUGAUUGUCGGUGUCAUUGUGGUGUUGUCGAUUGUCGCCUGUGCCGCGGCCCUUUUUUGCUGGAAGAAAAGGAAAGGUGACUCCAUGCAGCCGCUGGAUUCGGCAGACUCCAGAGGAUGCAACACAAUUUAUGCCCGGGUUGGAGAUGUGGUGGAGGAGCGGGAUUCACAUCACGGUCAGCGGGGAAUGCAAGCGGCGCAGGGGAAGCCCAAAAUGGCGCAGACCAUCUAUACCACCGUGGACCACGCCUGCAAACCGCCGCCUUUGCAGAAUCCAAUUGCAUCCUAUAUAGCCUUUGAAAUGAAUGACCUUUUCCUUUUCAACCCAAUGGGGGAAUCAUGGCUUAUCAUGGCUUCCUUUCCCAGAAUCCUUUGCAAACGGAUGAUGAGAAGAUGCAGAAAGGGAGACGGAGGGCUGCAGAGCCGAAAGAGAAGACCAUCUACUCGGAGAUCGCCACCAGCGCACCGGAGGAAGAGGACCAAAGCCUCAAGACGGUCUAUGAAACGGUGAAGAACCCAAAGCCUCCCAAAGAGCAAGAGUACAAUAGGAUCAUCUAGAAAGACCCCGGACCCCAAAAGAUGGAGGGGGCCAUAGGAAAGGCCCCUUUUGGCCUCAUGGGAGCAUUCGUCGGCUCCUUCCACCAAAGGAAAGGACUUUGCCUAUCUGUGGAGGGUAAAAAGAUCCGAUACGAAGAAGGCAGGAGUUUGGGCACCUAGGACCCUAAUGCUGGAAGGGGACCCCAAAGGUCAUCCAGUCCAGCCCCAUUUCAGCCAUGCAGGAAUUCACAAUCCAUGCACUCCCAGCCAUCCGUGUCCUAUAUAUGCCACGCCAAAAGCGAGCGCCAACGCAGAAGAAAUCUUAUAGUGUUGUGAAACCUCAAUGUAUUUCAGAGAAUCAUAGAAUCGUAGAGUUGGAAGAGACCGCAAGGGCCCUGAUCCAGUCCAACCCCUUUAUUCUGCCAUGCAGGAAAUCCCAAUCAAAGCAUCCCUGACAGGUGGCCAUGCAACCUCUG